ACACACACCAUCCGCCUAGAACAGUGCAACAAGAACUUUGUGUACUACUGGUGUCACGCGCGCACGUUCCCGAGCGCCACCGACGUCCAUCUCAACAGCCACCCCUGCGAACCGGACGUCUUGUGGCGUUGGCACGAUAGCACCACCAUCAUCUGGCUUGCUCGUCGUUAUGCCGAGUACAAGAAUCGCUGGGCCAAUAACCGCGACGCGGUGCAAAUCGCCAAUGAAUGUAGGAGUCGAGCACUGCAGCCCCACUCGCAAAGUCGUAGGUGA